AGACGAAGCGUUAGGAGAGAGAGUGGGAGGUGCAGCACAUUCGUUGGUUCUCUGGUUUUCUCUCUCACACACAUACAUGCACACACACACACAUGCUCCAGGAGAGGAGGUUCUCUGGCUUUCUCGCUCACACACACAUGCACACACACACACGCUCGAGGAGAGGAGGGGGAGAGACAGGCUGGACCGGGAGCUGCGUUGUAUGGAUCCUCACCGCACACACAAACACACACACACACACACACACACACACACACACACAUGCGUAUGUGCCUGGAGCCUGCACCCUUGCUUAGCCUCUCAGGAACGCCUAUGUGUGUGUGAGUGUGUGUGUGUGUGUUGAGAGUGUUCUGAGUGUGACUGUGUGUGCCUGCCUGCCAGUGUCAUUUCUCCGCGAGCGAGGGUGAGUGAGCGCGUAAACAUCUUCCUCCUGCACGCUGCGCUGUGAGUCCGAAGGACUGGAGGAUCACCGGGACGACGAGAGAUUGACAGCUGAAGAGCAAAACAGGUGCAUCAGCCAGAAAGACUCACACCAAAGAGGAACUGGUGUGUGUGGGUGUGUGUGUGUGUGGAAUACCAGCGUGCACACACACACACACCACAAACACACAGAAGACGAACAAGACAACACACGUCAGAGAAGACACACGGAAGCAGCCGACUGCUCUCUCUCUCUCUCUCUCUCUCUCUCUCUCUCUCUCUCUCAUUCUCGGGUUUCCGGAGUGCUGUGUUGCGUCGCGCUGAGCUCUGCUGUCAUCUCCGCGGCGCCGGCUCCUCAUCGGACAUUCGCUCAGCUCAGCGCUCGUCGUUGCUCUUCCGCGUUCUCUCACUCUCUCGCUCUCUCGCUUUGCUCGCUCGCUUCUGGAAUGCCCCAUAGCGCGGUCCUCACUCUCUCUCUGCCCUGGGGGCACGGACUCUGGUGACCCCCCCCCCCCCCCCCACCUCGCCACCGGCACGCUGGAGCCCCCCCCACAUCAGAUGACCAGCAGCAACAGCAUGAGCAGCGGCUACUGCAGCCUGGACGAGGACAGCGAGGACUUCACCUUCUUCACCGCCAAGACUUCCUUCUUCCGCUCGCAGGGCGCCAAGGGGCCCCAGGGACCCAAGAAUGUCACAAAUGAGGAAGAGGAAGAAAAACCAAAGCUGCUCUCUGACGAAGAGCUCAAGGCGAAGAUCGAGGCGUACAACUCCAAAGUCUCUGAGAAUGGAAUGAAUCUGGCAGCCGAUGGCUUGUACACAGGCUUCAUCAAGGUCCAGCUGCGGCUGCGAAGGCCUGUGACGGUGUCGGGCCGUGCAUCCUUCUACCUGCCGAGCGACGCGGUCAAGCAGAUCCACAUCAGCAGCAUCACCACGGUCAGCGAGGUCAUCCAGGGUCUGCUCAAGAAGUACACCGUCCUGGACAACCCGCAGAAGUUCGCCCUCUACAGGCGAACACACCGCGAUGGACAAGAUCUCUUCCAGAAGCUUCAAGUCUCAGAGCAUCCUCUGUACCUGCGGCUGGUGGCCGGUCCUGAGCCAGACCAUCUGACCUUUGUCCUGAAGGAGAACGAGACUGGAGAAGUAGAUUAUCACGCAUUCUCGGUGCCGGAGCUGCAGAACUUCCUGACCAUCCUGGAGAAGGAGGAGAGGGAGCGGCUGCGGAUCGUGGAGCAUCGCUACGGCAAAUACCGGCAGAAGCUCCUGCAGGCACUGGAGGAGGUGCAGAACAAGCCGGGCUAGACCCCCAACACCCCAUCGCCAGGCCACUCAACCAAUCAAAGCAGAGGGCCCACGAGACUUAACCAAUCAGAGUGGAGGGCCCUCUGGACUCAACCAAUCACAGUGGCAGGCCCCUAUGGACUCAACCAAUCAAAACUGCGAACUAAUGAACUAUCCGCUCAGGACUGGCUCUACAGGCCCAUUCCCCAACCCCACCCCGUGUGGACCCCCCCACACCCCUCCCCCUCUCCCCUUCGUCAUUUGGCAUGAGUGGGCUGAAGGGGAUAACAGAGUGAUGUGGAAAUGGGGUUUUCUGGGGAAUGGGAUGAGUGUGUGUUCUCAUGAGCGAAAUACUGGUGGUGACUGGUUUCUCAGACCCAUUUGAGUGAGUGUGUGAGUGAGAGUUUAUCUGUCUGUGUGUGUGUGUGUGUGUGUGUGUAAAGUACUUUUGUUUUUAGUCCUUCUUGGUCAGUUUUCCGCUUGAGUAAGUUCUUUGGUCAGUCCUCAUUUGUUUUAACUUUCUUUUUUUUUUUUUUCUACAUGUUGCUGCUAACGCAAGUGUUACUUAGAGCAUGACUCUCCUCAGUGGACACCGCUGAAGCCCCAAGCAUGUCUUUAAUGUGUGUGUGUGUGUGUGUGUGUGUGUGUGUGUGUGUGUGUGUGUGUGUGUGUGUGUGUGUCAGGGAGUCGCUGUUUUUAAGGGUGGGUAAACAGGGUGCAGAAAGCAGCCAGAUAUCAGCAGAAACACGCACACAGAGAUACACAUACACACACACAAACACACACACACAAACGUAUACACACAGAACGUCUGCUGCUGUGACUUCACAAACACAGAUCAUGUGUUCCUGUUCUCUCAAACUUUUGGGUGUUUUCUUUCUACUCAAGAGAUCCUUCAAAUGAAAUGCCACCACAUAGAUAUCCAUCUCUUUGAUUGGACCCCUGUCCUCUAAUCCUAAAAGAGCAAGUCAUUAUAUCUCUGUGACAGUUAGGUACCUUUAAUAAUACUCAUUUUGUUUUUACUUGUAUGGAACUCUUGGCGAUGAUGAUUUUAGAUGACUUGGUCUUGACUUGUAAGGUGUUUUUAAGGUAUUUGGAUACUUAGGAGUAGUCAUGCGAAGAUUCUCUCAUCCACCAUUGUAAAUCACCCAUGAUGUCGCAUGUGAACAUUUAAAGCGAAGCAUAGCGAAAAAGAUAAGAUUAGUGAUUUAUGAAUGAAUUUCAUGCUGUACUGUAAAAACUAGCAUGUCCAGUUGCAGACUUUUAAAA